AUGAUCACAGGAGCGAAACCAAGACAGCUGAUAUGUUUGCUGGUGUAUCUCCUUAUGCUGGCUGGUUCGACACACGCUGGAAGCGCAUAUUACAAACGGGCCACUCAAGAUCUCUCGCCUCAAGGCAAUACAACAGCUCAUUCUGCAAGCGUCGGAUUGUCAAGUGCCACAGGCAUCACUUCUGCAGGCAGUAGUGUUGCUUCUAGUGAACGCUCGAUAGGAACGGACGCUAUUGCAGCACUCACAUUGAGCGAUGAAGCGUCUACUUUUGAACAAAGCACCACCUCUGCUACAACUACUGACGCCAGCUUGUCUGUGAUAAGUUCUGAGAACAGUGACUCGUCAACAAGUGAGCUUCUCAGUACCACGAGCAGUGCACCGUCCUCGACACAACUAACUUCCACCACGCCUACUGACUGGGGAUCAUACAGCAGUGAACUGGCAUCCACGGAUCCCAUUUCUUCGGGCUCUUCUGUUGCCGAGACAAGCUCUCCUUUCCCAAAGUCGUCAUCUGCAAGCCCAUCGGUACAAUCUGCUACGAGCGUUUCCUCUAAUAGUCCGAGCUCUUUUUCGUCAGCAUCAACCGGUAGUGAUACCUUUUCCUCAACUCCCGCGAUGACAACAAUCUCAACUGCAAGCAGUGCAGGUUCACUGCCAGUGGACACAGACUCGCAAACGACAACCUCAAUGGAUUCGCCAUCUGCCGCUACCACGAGCUCGCCAUUUGCGACUACAACGGAUUCUUCAUCUGUCACUAUCACGAGCUCGCCAUUUGCAACCACUACAGAGCCACGCUCGUCAGUCAGUACUGACUCGACGACAGCCUCAGGCUCGCCGCCAUUGACUGCUACAUACACGCCGAACACCUCUGAUUAUUACACGCAAUCCACCUCCAGCGUCACUACAAUGAUUACACCAAUCUCCAUAGAAUAUUCGUUCACUGCUAACACCUUUUCACAGCCCAUCAUCGAAAGCACCGUACCCCCGACAAGCAGUGCAUCACUAUCAGAACCAACCACCGAUGAUGCAACUCCUUCCGGCAGUUCGUCCCUUCAAUCCACUGAUUUGUUAGGUGGGAGAAGCACAUUCAGCACGGGCUCGCCGAAUCCAGACAGUAGUUUUACGACUGCAAGCACUGGAUCUCCGAUGCCCGCUGGAUCGACCCUCUCCACAACAUCAUCCCCAGCGUCUAUCUCCCUCAUAAGCGCUCAAUCAACCGAGUCACGUUCAAUAUCGGCGGCCUCAGCAAGCUUUGUUGUCUCAGCGCAGACUACUUCAAGCUCUUUAUCAGCAGAUUUCACUCAGGCAGUCAGAACUACACAAGUCGAGACUUCUGGCUUUUUUAGCUCAUAUGCCUCCCCUACUCCAACUACAACCAGUACCGAGGUUUCGGAUCAGCCUACUCGUGGGAAUUCAGCCACUUCUGGCUCUCAGGUCGGUACGUCAGCAAAUUCGAGGUCAAGCACUCAAAGUUUGAAUACCGCCGCUCUGUCAGGGACCAGCAGAUUUGCUGGAGCCACGCCCGCAUAUACGCAAGCGAGUAGUGUGUCACCGGGAGCAUCACAACCAGUGUCUAUCUCUCUGAGCUCCUCAUCGCAGUUGCCAUUUUCAUCACUGCAGUCUGCAAAUCCAUCGGACCGUACCCCGACUACAUUGUCAAGUACAUUAUCUAGCAGAACGUCCCUAACAGGCGCCAGCCAAGAAUUUCAACGCACUUCUGACAACACUGGUACCUCUGACUCGACUUCGACAGGAACCACCUCAACAAUUUCUUCGAGCCAGAUAGCUCCCACAUUUAGCUUGAUUGGACAAUUUUCAACCGAAAGUGACUCUUACAGCCUUCUCCAGAGCUCGUCGUUCUCACAGAGCCCGUUAGUCAGCCAGGAGGAGACUCCGCGGAGCUCGCAGGUCCCUGAAACGGUUUAUUCAACGGAUUCGUCUUCUUUUACUGUACAGGCGAGUGUUUCAACAGCCGUAUCAGGAACCACAGAAGUGCCGCAAAGCUCCAUAACGGAGUCUUCGGUUUUCUUGUCGGGAUCUUUACCAAUGAGUUCGUUUUCGUAUCCCAACACAGUAACGCGAUCUGAAGCUUCAGCAGUAGUCGGCUCUAGCUCUCAGCUAAACGUGGGCAUGACAAACAGCCCUUCUACUGAUACUUCGUACACCAUUUCAGAAUCUUCUGAAUCUCCAACUUCUGCGUUUCAAACUUCAAAAUCAAGCACUCUGUCAUCGACGGACUCAGCGGGUACCUUUUAUGAUGGAAGUACCACGUCCAUUUCAUCUGAGAGCUCUAAGGAAGUAUCUUUUUUUCCCCGCCCCUCGUCUACUGAUACUUUCGAGUCACAGUCCAACACACUGCCAUCGUCACAUUUGUAUGCUUCGACCGCCACUUUGCUAACGAGCUCUAUUGACGGGGCUGGCUUCGGCUCGUCAACAAAUUCUGAAAGCUCAUCCAAAGCCUUCGACACCACUGGCUCGCUCAUGACAAGCUUAGCGAGCCCCACUGGGGCCUCUUCUUUCGAAAUGGCGUCAAGAGGGAGCACUGCAUCGACACUGUCAUCUUCUGCAACGUCCUUUCAACCAGUCACAUCAGACCGCCCCAGUGGUCCCAACUCGGCUCUUUCAGCUCUAUCCACCAUUAAAAACUCCUACACAGAGAGUACAGGCUUGACUUCAUACACCCCGGCAAAUGAUAGAACAUCCUCUAAACAAACGGGAGGUGAUUCCGGGACACUCUCAAGCAAGACCACGAUCAGCGAAAACUCGAUGUCUGAUACAGGAGCAACUACCACAGAAGCAUCAAAAGCUUUCAUAUCAUCCUCUUCCAAGACUAGUAAUGGUCAAUCAUCCUCUGAAACUGUGCAACAAUCUGAUAUAGCAAGCACGACGUCUAUCUCUGAGCAAAAAACAUCCAUUUCCGGAAAUAUUGGAAAUUCAGCAGCAACAACCAAUUGGCUACCUUAUAGUUUAGUAACGGCAUCAGCUUUUGGUACUGCCAGCUAUCAAUCCAGUUUUGAUGUUCAAGCAACAGCUACAUUGCCCCAAGUGAUAUUGCCCUCGGCUCCUGCUUCAAAGGCGCAAAACUACUCACAGAUCACUGUUGGGUUUAAACGCGAACUGAAUUAUCCGUUUCUAAUUGAAAAUUCACUUGCAUCAGCCCAGAUAUUUAGCUUCCUUCCUGGAAUUUUGACGUAUCCAUUCAUGUCCUGGCGGGACCACCAUAGGAACACCACUUUUCCUGAAAAGAGAGAGUUCACUGAAACCAGGGGUGUAUUGAGAGGUACAAGUGGCCAAGGCGAUGGUGAUUUCCACGCGUCAGCGCUGACCGUACUGGACACCGUUAGAGCGAUUCAGAAUCUCUCCGAACUUCUUGAAACCAACUUUUCAGAUGUCGCUGUCAAUGAAAUACUGCCUUUGCUAAUUCCUGGCGACUCUUACAUCAGUUCGAUAGCAGUGGUUUAUUUCCCGACAAGCGCCAUUGAUAUCUUACAAAAAAUGGUGCUCAACAAUAAUUCGAAGGUUUACUCGAAUCCUGAUCCUGCCUUGAAGUCCCUUUCACUUUUGAUCGACCCAACUGUUCCUCUGACAGGCCUUAUAGACUCGGCGCUGUCGAGUGGUGACAGUCCGUCUGGAAGUUCGGGCUCAUCUGAAGGUGGUGGGGGAAGUAGUACUGGAGGCUCAAACUCCGAUACGAACAAGAGUGGAAAUAAAAACGGCAAUGACUCCGGGGCUUUGGACGGCUAUGGAAUCUUCCAUGUAACCUUCAGCAGGGGGGAAAGGCUGCUCAUUUUUCUUCCCGUGUUCUUGUUUUUCCUUGCUAUAUGGGUUCUCAUCACUCUCGCUAUAUUUGGCCGCAUGUGCAAGCUGGAUCCUAUUCGCGAGCGCUUCGAUCACGAAGAUAAAAAAUGGAAUGCUGAUGAUCAAACCGUGGCUGUCUAUUUUAUGCCGCCAUUCCAUAGGCGUCCGUCGCACCUUUCAAGAGACCUCGAAAAAUAUCUUGAUAGUAGCAAUCCUGUUGGAGACACCAGCAGCUCUGAGACCUAUGAUGAUGGGGAUUUGGUACCGAUGGGCAAUAACAUGAUAUUCAGUAAAAGCACGGGCCUCUUCUAUCAAAUUGACGAGGAUGGCAACUUUUACUUCGCUGGAACACCGGGCAAAGCUGACUUUUCUGCCACCAGCAAACUAAUCGAAGGGAACUCGGACUCCCGCCCUGCCGAUAGCAUUGUGGGAUUUGGUGCUAUAUCUGAUAAUCAACCCCACUCUGUUACGACACUUAAGUCUCAGCGUAAUUCGGAACUGGAUGAGCUUAAUGUCGAUGAUGAAGGUAACGUCGAGCUUUCCGUCCUCGAUUUUGAACGACUAUCGUUGGACGAAAAUAACACUGACACGUUUGAAAGCUAUAACAACCAGAAUUAUUAUAAGCUGAACCAGUUCUUGAGCCAAUUAUCCGACGCCGAAGACACUGAGGUCCCUGCUCACCCCAAAAGCACUGAGGCCCAAGAGAUCGACACAAGUAGCAACAGCAAUUCCAAGCCUUUGCCUCUUUCGAGUGACAGCUCUAACCUAAUGGGACAGCUUUCUGCUGAAGAUGAAAAUUUGGAAGAAUAUUUUUACAGCGAAGAUCUCGAGAACGGAGCCAGCUUUGAUGCUAAUGGCACCCGACACAUCCAAGACGGCCGCGCCAGUACAGAUUUGGAGCAAGAAGCCUACGAUGAGGACGUGGACGAUGCCGAUGACGUUGAGGACCUUGAAUUCGAAUCUACGUCUGCGUCUUCCGGUGACGAAGACGAAGACGACGGAGUGAACGACGUUCAUGUGGGUGAAUUUGAUGAACUGGACGAGGUAAUUUACCGUCGUUUGUCGAGCGCCAGCGGUUUUACAGGGGAGCUCAGAGGAUCCUCUAGUCUAAACACUUUCGGGACCGGCGCGCCAAUACAAUACUCCGAUAGCCGUUUAUCUUACACUCGUUCAUUAUCUGCCACGUCUGAGCAAGGUCUUCUUGAAACCGCCAUCAAAUCGAUGCCAACGAGACAAAAUUCUGGGGGAGUCAUUCGUAGUGUUCAUGUUGGAACCGACAGCUCCAGUGACCCUCCAGAACGGCCUCCAAGACCAUCUUCUAUGGUCAGUUUCGCCGAGGAUAGCGAUGCGGAUUUGUCGCACUUGAGCGCUCGAGUGUCUGCAAUUCCUGCAGGCCAAAAUAGUGAGACAGAAUCUGGGAUUAACAUAGGUUCCAGAAAAGCGUCGUUUCGUUCCUCGCAGCCAACAGACCCGGAGGUCCCUGCAGCAAGCCGGGCCCAAGAAGGGUCCAAAAGCGUGUCUGUGUCGCGGCCGGAAAGAUCCAAAAGGGCAAGUUUUCGUCAAUCAGUCGUAUACACUUUGCAUAACGCGAAUAUUUUUCAUGGCAGUGGCCGCAAACGCUCAUCCACAGUCGAUGAUGUCGGUCCUCGUGGCCACACCAAAGAUGAUUUGCAUAAAAUACAAAUAUCACGCCCAAUACGCUCAGAGAACUCUUUGGGCUGGGCUGAUAACUAG